AUGCGUUCCAACGGGGCAUUAUGUCUCGCUGGCGCUUUCCGAUCCCUUAGAAUAUCUCACACCCCGAACUUACAGCCAACGAUAAGACCUACCGCCCCAAUUGUGCCUCAUAAUAUUCAAGGCGUCCAAAAUGUUCGGCUAUUUUCGGCGACAGCCUCUAUGGGCGGCAACUGGCUAGAGCCUAAUAUAAACAGAAAGCAGAAGAUGAUGAAGGGACGAGUACGGGUUGCCACCGGUGGCUCUGUCAAGGGAACCACAGUUGAAUGGGGAGACUAUGGCCUACGGAUGAUUGAUCACCAUCGAAGAAUCAGCGCGGCACAACUCAAGGUCGCCGAGGAUACUAUUAAGCAACGAUUGCGUGGUGAAAAAUAUCGGUUAUACAAAAGGGUGUGCUGCAAUCUUGGCGUGUUCGUCAGCGGCAACGAGAUACGUAUGGGUAAAGGAAAAGGUUCAUUCGACCAUUGGGCUGCUAGAGUGGCUGUGAACCAAAUAGUCCUAGAGCUAAGAGGAAUGAUUCACGAGCAAGUUGUGCGCGAUGCGUUUCGAUUAGCCGGUAACAAACUACCUGGGCAAUGGAAAUUCGUAAAGAAAGGAGAACCUGCUAUAGUUGGAAUUACCAAAUUAGAAGGAGUCACCCUGGAAGAUCUUAAGAGACCGAGACGAAAGGUUUCUGCAGAGUCGGUAGAUCUAGUAUCUCCAACGUUAGCAUCAGAAAGCCAACGCAUACCUCUGGAUCUUCCAUGA